CCAGAGAGGGGGAACCUCGUUUACCGGCUUUGUGGUUUUCAUCCCUUCUCAAGUUUUAAUUACACCUACUAACUGAGUCCACACAACUGAUGAUGCUCGUCUCUGGACACUGAUUUCAGCUCCAUUUAUUCACCAAACCGAUCAUAUGUACAUAGAAGAAUACAUUGAAGAAGAUGAGGAACCACCUUUGCUGCUCAGCUCUUGUCCUUCUCACGGUGCUUGGCUGUGGUGGGACUGCAGCAGUGCAGUGUCGGUGGGGGGAAGGGUGUGUGUGUCUGCAAUGCCCUGCUGGCCAGGAGCCAUCCAAGGCUUGUGGGCAGAUCCAAAGUCCGACAGAGGAAGUGCAGUGUCGAUUGUGCCCGACUGGAAGCUUUUCAAAUGCGACCGACUCUGCACUCUGCCGUCCACACGCCUCCUGCAAGAUCCUCGGCCGUAAGGUUGCAACCCCUGGCACUGUGACUUCUGAUGCCGUCUGUGGAGACUGCCUGCCUGGGUUUCACUCCACUGCCACAGGGGAAGUUUCCACCCAAAGUCCCUGUGUGAAAACAUCUUUGCAUGUCAGAACGGUCCGUACAGUAGGCAAAGGUCCAUCCAGCGGUGCAGGAGGGCCGGUCAACGGCACAGUGGUACGCAGCGCUGAGGAGAAGACGGCGGAAUACGCUGUGUUUGCUUUGGUGCCCAUCUUCUGCGUGAUGGGCCUGUUGGGUAUCCUAAUCUGUAACAUCCUGAAGAAGAAGGGAUACCGCUGCUCUGCUGACAAGGAAGGAGGGGAUGAAGAAACUGCCACACCACAGAAAGAAGGUAACAGUUGUCCCUACAUAUCUGACGACUUGAAUGAAGACACCAUCAGUGUUCUGGUUCGCCUCAUCACUGAGAAGAAAGAAAAUGCUGCUGCACUAGAGGAACUGCUGCUGGAGUACGAGAGCAAACAGAUGGCCAUGAGCAAAGGCUCGUCAAUCAAGUUCCCGAUGCUGUCUCCCCUGUCCCCGUUCCGCUCCCUCCCCAGGCUGUGCCCCCAUCAGUCCCACCUCCACACUAUCUCUGGCCUCUCCGGCCUGGCCCCAAAACACGGCUACCGCUGCACCCGCUGUGCCCAGAGAAAGUGGCCCCCUAUCCUCAUACCUCCCCUGGAUUCCCUGAAAGAUCCCCUGAAGCCCCCCCAGACCCUCAUCCUGCCCUCCCUGAACACAUCCACCGACCAGCAGAAGAGACCCCUGCUGGGGGGAGUGUUUGUCGACACCCACCAUACGCAAGCUGCCGUGCCAAAUACUGUACAGGAGAAAGUGGAAGGGAGUGAAGUGAAGGAGAGGAAGGAGGGAGAGCUGACUGUGUUGUCUGUGGGGAGAUUUCAAGUUGCUCAGAUCCCUGAGCAGAAGCCCAUCACCGUGGAGACUAAAACAUCAUCCCAGGAGCAACGAAACUCCCUGUUCGGAGGGAAACCCUUCUGCUCUUCUUCAUCAUCUGGAGUCAGGAGGUGAAGGAACAGAGAGAAGGUGUAUGAUAACGCUACCUCGCUGAAGAUGACCUCAUCAUUCGCUGAUGACUUGACAGCUGGCAGGGAGGGUGACAACGAGAAACCACAAGAGCCACCUCCUGCUGGAAGAAGUUGUUUCUAUUCACGCGAUAAGAGGAUUAUAAAUGUAUUUAUUAUUACAUAAAAAAAAACAUUUUACUUUACAGAUUUACCAUUAUGGAAGUUCAACUCAAAUCACUCACUCAUUCACUGUCCCAAUACAAAGAGAAAGUUCUUUUGUUGGAUACACACGGGGGGCAGGGUGGAGAGUAUAGUGUUGUGAUAAGGUUGUCAACACCUGACACUAAAAGGGAGGAUGAGAAGGAGUAAACAAAAACAAAACAAACAAAAGUUUGGAUCAUAAAAAAUGCACUCUUAGCCCCUGUAUUUGUGCUUCCAUGUAAAAAAAAACAGACACGGGGUAAAACACACAUGCAGUACAUGUAGACAUGCACAUCUAGAUGUACUCACUUACACUUAUACACCCAUUAUAUUAAAUGCACAGUCUUUCUUGUGAACAACGAAGUGAGGACAAAAACACUGUGGAAUACUUUACUGUCAAAAAGACAAAGAGCAGUGAGACUGAAACAAACAUUUAUCUUCACUUCAGUGUAAAAAAGAGGAAUGGAAGGAAAGGAAGGUUUUCAUUACCAACCGACUCAGCAAAUCUGGCUCGGCUGAAAUAAAAACCUCUAUAAUUCUGUAUUCUUCAGACGACACUUGAUGAAAGACUACAGUAGCACCACUACUAAGUAUUAUAAAAAAAAUUCUAAAAGUCAAUAUCAUUUUGAUGUUUUAACUAUUUUUCAUAAGUUUAGUGAUAUAGCUUCUCUUCUUCUGCUCACGUAGGAACUGCCAGUGAGUUGAGGUUUUAGACCUUGGAGAUGUUGAAUGUAGUCUUAACAGAAGAAGCUUGGUGCAUGCACAGAGGUCAAUUCACUCAGUGAACCUUUGAGAGUUUGAGAAACACUGCACCCACAGUCAGCAUUGAUCACAUUUCUAACUUUUAGCUCUUUACACUAUCCAAGUAGGUGAUCAGGGGCCAAAAUGUGUUCUUUCACGGGUCCCUAUACUGUAUCACAACCUUUUUUUAUUUAUAUAUUUUUUUUUUCACAACACUGCAUCCCAAUGGCAGUUAGAUGCUACAAUUGUCAUUUGGGUCCUGGGGUGAAAAUCUAGAUGAGUAGGUAUAACUUUUGUAGAAUAGAACAUGUAAAUGAAUGUAUAUAUGUAAAUAUGGGUGGGUAUAGAGAAACAGACCAUAUCUGGCUUUUAUAAUUUUUAGCAUACAGUUUGUAUGAGGUGAUCCACACUGCACCAAUAAGUGACAUUCGUAAUCCAUGAAUCAAAAACUGGUAAACUCUGUCACACUAGUGUGUAUAUAAGGUGAACUGCUGGUUAGAAUCAGCAUGACAUGUAUGAUUUUUUUCACCAUUUGAAAGCAACAUUUCAGUGUUUUCUUCUUCUUUUGCAAAACUGUUACGGUUUUCCAUUCUAAUCAUGAACUUUUAAAGUCCUCAACAUAUACACACACACACACACACAUGCAAUAGCCAGACUCCAGUUAUGCGAUCUCAAUAACUGUAAGAAAGUACUCCCAUACACACACAUACACAUACACACACACAUAUUUAUUUUUUAUUGUUUAAUUAAAGAAACCAACCAGUGGCUGCAGAGGAUUAGUGGUUGAGAUGCCUCAAAGUCAUGCAGCUCAGUUGGCUUCGGUUUACAUCCUUAUGGGUUUUAAAGAGUGUACUAUAAUCAUAGAGGUUUUUUAGCUACUCAUUUUCAUAUUUUCUUAUUAUGUUGCUACGAGGAAUAUGACAACAUGUCUGGAGGACUGGAUAUUUAUUGGUUGCAACAGUUACAUGUUUUUAUUUGAUCUGUUUUUAUUACUAUCAUUAGGAUUAUUAUUUUAUGUUUUCAAGCUGAAGUGCUGGUAGGAAGGACAGAUAAAAACAAAAACAUUCAUCUCAUCAAGUUUGUAGAUUGCAUUUAUAAUAUUACAUUUUUCUGUA